CCCAGAUCACUUUGAGAUAAGGACUGUGUUAUUUGCUUGCCUUCCUGGGCAGACCAUGGCUCCCUUUGGAAGAAAUUUGCUGAAGACGCGACAUAAGAACAGAUCUCCAACUAAAGACAUGGAUUCUGAGGAGAAGGAAAUUGUGGUUUGGGUUUGCCAGGAGGAAAAGAUUGUCUGUGGAUUAACUAAACGCACCACCUCCACCGAUGUCAUCCAGGCUUUGCUGGAGGAACAUGAGGCUACAUUUGGAGAGAAGCGAUUUCUGCUGGGCAAGGCCAGUGACUACUGCAUCAUAGAGAAGUGGAGGGGCUCAGAGCGGGCCCUUCCUCCGCUGACGAGGAUCCUGAAGCUGUGGAAGGCCUGGGGAGAUGAGCAAGCCAAUAUGCAGUUUGUUUUGGUUAAAACAGAUGCCUUUCUCCCAGUUCCACUGUGGAGGACAGCGGAAACCAAACUAGUGCAAACUAGUGAAAAGCCUUGGGAACUCAGCCCGGCGAACUACAUGAAAACUUUACCACCCGAUAAGCAAAAACGAAUCGUCAGGAAAACCUUCCGGAAACUGGCUAAAAUUAAGCAGGACACGCUUUCUCACGAUCGGGAUAACAUGGAGACUUUAGUUCAUCUAAUUAUUUCUCAGGACCACACUAUUCACCAGCAAGUGCAAAGAAUGAAAGAGUUAGAUAUGGAAAUUGAGAAAUGUGAAGCUAAGAUCCACUUGGACCGGGUAGGGAAUGAUGGGGACGAUUACGUUCAGGAGGCAUAUUUAAUGCCCAGGUUUAGUGAAAAUGAGACAAAGCUCGACUUUCAGCCCGAGGACAGCCAGACUCUGGUGGACCUGAACGAUGGCGAGGGGAUGGCGCAUCUGGAAGAACGACUGCAGUACUACAGAGUGCUCAUCGAGAAGCUCUCUGCCGAAAUUGAGAGAGAGGUGAAGAGCUUGGGCAUCGAAGGGAGUGAAGAUACAGAGGGGGCGGCUGCCUGUGAACUCGAAAACUCUGAUUUAGACAACGUGAAGUGCGAUUUGGAGAAGAGCAUGAAAGCUGGUUUGAAAAUCCACUCUCACUUGAGUGGCAUCCAGAAAGAGAUUAAACACAGUGACUCAUUGCUUCAGAUGAAAGCAAGAGAAUACGAACUCCUGUCCAAGGAGCUCAGCUCAUUUCACCUCAGCAACAAAGAUGGAUGCCAGCUAAAAGAAAACAAAGGAAAGGAACCCGAGGCUGCCAGCGGCAGUGUGGAGGUCCCCUCAUUAACUCAAAGGGCAUUCAACACAGACACAAACGACACAGAUUCAGACACUGGUAUCAGCUCCAACCACAGCCAGGACUCUGAAACAACGCUGGGCCAUGUGCUGCUGUUGUCAACGUAACUCGGAUGACUUCUCUGACCAUUAAUGCUGUGUUGUGAUUUAACGAAAAACUCCAUUCCACAUUUAA